CCAGUGAUGUGUCAUGUUGCGUCGCGAGGGGUGGUAUCGUGCGUCUCCUGGUGCCGUUACAAACCGAGCGAUAACCGGGAGAUAAAGGGGUACCGAGCAGCUCCGAAAGUUGCGCUCCGUGAAGGUCAUCUUCUUCGGGGAUGUCUCGAUUAGGACUCUGUCGAAUUUAACGCGCGACAUCGCACAUGUCAGAAUCCGCGUCUCCGCGGAACGGACAUAGGAAACAAGUAAUUCAAGUGGGGAGAUAAUUAAUGCAUGCUUCUUUUAGAAAGUUUAUCGCAACGAACACGUUUGUGGAGGAUCUAUCGUUUUUUAUCGACGAAUAAACGUGUUCAUUUCUCUCUCGUUCGCUUGUAAUCUUUCGACGUACCUGAUUACGAGCGAGGCUCGCCACGAAGGGAUGAAUGAAAAUCAUUGGGGGAUCCGCCGACUCGGUGAUCUUCGUUUCGAUCGAUCGGAAAAAUCUGCGAUGGCCGUGUGAUCGAGUUCAUUCCGUUCCUUCAAUAUUCCCUCGAAUCGAUUCCAAUUCGCAAUCAUUGCUGCUCCAACGUGAUUGCGAGGCCCUUGCGUCGCCUGGGUUGUUACUUGGACCGAUUCCAGGAAAGCUCCAAAUCUGUGGUGGCCCGGCGUGAUUGAACAUCUCCGCUGCCCUUUUGGUUUUUAUUAUAUAUUGCGACAGCGCGCCAUAUCGGACAAAACUUGUGUUCGAAACGGUAAACCAGAAUUGUCAAGUUGUAAGCCUCGUCUCUAUAUCCUUCGAUCCUUGUCCGGUUAUCAAAAAACAUGUCAACGUUUCACUGAAUCACCUCUGUAAAUUGCUAAACCGAUAAGCGUACUAUUCGACGCGAAAAUCACUCGACGUUCUUCUAAUCGCGGUUGGACACGGAGUGAUUGUACGUCAGAUUGUGUCGAUUUUGUAAUUAACCGAAUGGAUAAGAGGCAUCAGGAAACCGAUUGUUGCGAGGAGACAAUCGCGCUUCGCAAAUAGUAAACGGGAAAGUAGAAUUUAAUCGAGGAAAACUGAUUGAUAUCUGACGGACAGUUUAGCAUAAUAAAAAUCUCGAGACCUGGUUUUGACAUUCAUAAUUAAAUUUCUAUCAACGUAUCACUCGUAGAAUCUUCUAUUGCUCGUCGUUUGUAAAGAUCAAACGCCUCAGAUCGACAAAAACGUUUUCCAGCCCUUCUCUAGGCUCUUCACUCUUUCAACAACGUAGUCAACUGCCCCUCAAGCCGUGCCAUGGUCAUUGGGGAUUGCAGACACUAUGGUGAACAUUGCGGGUUAUCGGCAUUGGUGGCGCUUGGAUAGACCGGAAGUGCGGGAGAUUUUCCGCCGCCUCGGAGAUUACCACUCUCGUUCCGCGCUUUAAUAACACACGAAAACGGUGGUAAAAAGGGAGUGAGAGAGGAAGAAAGGACAGAGAAGAGAGAAAGAGAGCGAGAGAGCGAGAAAAUGCGCGGUUCUGCGGGCGCUUUAAUUAGUGUUUAAUUAGAGAGACGAAAAACAGGACGCACCCGGAACUGCGGGCACCGAACACGCUUAUUGCCGGUGGACCGGCGGUCGCUCUGGAAUCGGAUAUCCGACGGACGUGACGGGGAAUGCAUCCGGCGGGUGGUUACUCGAGGCAAAUCGAAGAAAAAUAUCCCUUACAUCGCGCCGCAUUUGCAUAUCGUCUCGAAGAAACGCGCGGUGCGAGGCACGUAGGGGUCAUCGCUUCUUAUGUUUCCAAUUUGGAGCAGAAGGGGAUGGAGCCGGCCGAGCUGAUAACUGUGGCGUGAAUCCGCGAGUGAUCGGAAACGAUGACUUAACGGCUCGGGGACACCUCGACGCGAAAAUCUCCGGUAAAUCCGAUCGUGCUCGACAUUUUUCGGAGGGAAAAGUGCACGUAUUCCCGCGACGUCGGGCGUAAUUUUUUUCGUGACGAGUAUUUGCACGACGAAUAACGAGGGAACAUGUGGAGUGUAGUGUUGUUGUUUCUCGGACUAAUGAAGGCUGUCUCGCACGUUGCUGGGAGCGGUACCACUGUCGACGAGAAAUCAGUUCCACUGGUGAACAUUAGCGUCGUGGAAGGAAGGCCCGCCGAAUUACCGUGCGACAUCACUCCUCCCGGCGAAGACAUGCUGCAUAUGGUUUUCUGGUUUAAAGACGAAGCCGGAGUACCGCUGUACACGAUCGACGCGCGAGAUAAACCGGUGACGAAGGCGCAACAUUCAUCGGACCCCGGCGUUUUUGGCCCACGGGCCUUAUUCCGAACCACUUUCCCGAGCCCGGCGGUUCUGGUGAUCGACAAUAUAAAACGGCACGACGCAGCGACAUAUCGAUGCAGAGUGGAUUUCCGGAAGGGCCAGACACGCAGUUUUCGAUACAAUUUGACUGUGAUCGUUCCACCAGAGCAGCCAACCAUCUUGGAUCGGUGGGGUCGCAUCUUGAACGGCACAGCUGGCCCUUACGAGGAAGGAGAUGCACCGUAUCUCACGUGUCGCGUCACGGGCGGUAAACCGCAGCCCAUGGUUAGAUGGCUCGUAAAUGGCCGGGUGAAAGACGAGGAAUACGAACAUAAUGCUGGCGAUGUAAUCGAGAACAGAUUAACGCUACAGCCCAUUAGCCGGUCCGAUCUCGGCUCGAACUUUACCUGUGAGGCGCGCAAUACAGAUUUGGUGGACGCGAAGGAAACAUCGAUUUCUUUGGAUCUCAAUUUGAAACCUCUAGCUGUGAUCAUAAGAAGACCGGGUAGAAAAGGAAUCGGUAACGAGUCCCUCCUAGCGGGGAAGCGAUACGACAUGGAGUGCGAGACUACUGGUUCAAGGCCACCCGCGGUGAUAACCUGGUACAAGGGUCGGAGAAGACAGCUGAAGCACACGACGGAGGAAAGAUCGGAGAAUCGAACCGUCAGCACGGUGGAGUUCGAGCCGGGUGUGGAGGAUCAUGGGAAAUCUAUCACCUGCCGGGCGGAGAAUCCAAACGUGACCGGACUCUACGUCGAGAAGUCCUGGAAGAUCGACGUCGUGUAUCCGCCGAUAGUAUCGUUAAACCUCGGAUCAACUUUAAGCCCAGAGGACAUUAAAGAAGGGGAUGACGUGUACUUUGAGUGCCACAUUAGAGCCAAUCCUCCUUGGUCCAAGCUCGUCUGGAUACAUGACAAUCAAAUCCUGGCGCAUAAUACAUCGGCAAGGAUUAUCUGGUCAAAUCAGAGUCUCGUCUUGCAAAGUGUGACAAGAAGCAGCGCCGGUCGUUACGUUUGCGCGGCAACAAACGAUCUGAACGAGACGCGUAGCGAGCCGUUGCAUUUUCGAGUUAAAUUCGCGCCAGUAUGCAAGGAGGACCGGAUCAUAGUGGUCGGCGCGUCGAGGGGCGAGUCGCUCGACAUCGCCUGUAGGGUCGAGGCUGAUCCGCCGGCGCACAAUUUCCGGUGGAAAUUCAACAACAGCGGCGAGACCCUGGAGGUAGCACCUGGUAGGUUCUCCAUGGAGAAGUCGAGCGGCGUCAGCGUGCUGAGAUACACGCCGACCAGCGAGCUGGAUUAUGGUACACUCUCAUGCUGGGCGGACAAUCUCGUCGGUACCCAAUCCAGGCCGUGUCUAUUCCAGCUGGUAGCAGCCGGAAAACCGUUUCCGGUGCGCAAUUGCACCCUGGCGAAUCAGACCUAUACCAGCGUGGAAGUGAAGUGCGUCCCGGGAUAUGACGGCGGGCUCCCGCAGAAAUUCGUCCUGGAGGUCUAUCACGGUGACGUCGACUUCCUCACUAGCAGCCAACCUCUCUACAACGUCUCUAACCCGGACGAACCGAUCUUCGCCCUGGCCGGGCUGGAGGCCUCGGUCGAAGCCGGAGUUCACGUAGCGGUCUACGCAGUCAACGCCAAGGGCCGAAGUCAACCCGUCACCCUCAGCGAAGUCACUUAUCGAGAUGCCGAGAAACGCACCGGUCAGGACGCCGGCAUCGAAUUUUCACCGCUGAUAGGCGUAGUGGUCGGCGCUCUGGUGACUCUGGUUCUCAUCAUCCUGAUUGUGGUGGUCAGAGUACGUCGGGAGCGCGUGGCAAAGCCGCGGCACGAGAAACCGGCGGAACUCAGCGAGUUACCACCUCAACAAUAUCCCAUGCAGAAUUCCCAGCAGACCGUGGAGACUGAUCCCGAUGUGAUCCCGAACAAGUUCGAGGGUAACCUCGUGGAAGUCAGCCCGCCGAGUUACCCGGGCGGUUAUCCCCCGGGACACUGGGUCACGCCUGGACCUACGCCAAGCAUAGACGAGCUCUGCCACAAGUUCACGGGGAGGCCGACGGAGCUGAGGUUACCGUCGAGGAGCACAAUAUCGAAUCUGCCGGGGAUGCCGGUGACGGGGGUGAUGGUGGGCGCCGGCCAGGGCGUCGUCAUCGGCGGUGCCCAGGGUGUCGUUGUGGGUGGCGGUCAAGGCGUUAUCGUGGCCGGCGAGUGUCUCGACGGCGAGGCAAUCAAGCGAAGACUGAUGGCCAACAGACUGCCGGAGAGCUGCGUCUAGAAGCGAGGCUCGACCGCAGGUGACGUGGUAUCGUUACCCUGGUAGCAAUCGAGAAGAUGUAACUAUCGCGUCGUACGAGACCCUGGCGAAAGACGAGCUCGAGGAACUCAAAAAACACUCGUCAACAUAUCCAAGAGCAAUUUUAACAGAGAGAGAAGGUCCUGUCGAGGAGACAUUUACAUUGUCCGUUUUCGUGACAGACUGUCUGUUAGCAUUAACGUGUGUUUACGAUACGGCACGAUCAACUCGGGGAAACUCGGUGGAGACAAGGUUCGAGCGAUCAAUAGCAGGUCGGGGUUACGUGUCGCGGAUCGCAUUAUGUGUCUCGCGAACGAUUGAUUCCACGCGAGCUGGUCCGAGUUCUCGCGGAAAUGGCUCGCGAGAUUAGAGACACCGUACGUCACCGAUUGUUUUUGAAACACGGCCGCGACGAUCGUUAGUUUUCCUUCCACGGGGCGAAAGUAUGCGGAGAAGUCAACUGAAAACUUUUCAAACUUCCUCCUUCCCCCCUUUCCUCUCUUCUCUUCGCCUCGGAGGAAGGUAUCGUCGCCAAGUUGUAACAUUCUGUUCUCUCGGUCGUUGACUUAACCGUCUUUGCUCCUCUUUUUCUUUCAAAUCAAAUGAUCUUCGACGGUAUCUUGUCGAAUAUUUCUUCAACGGAGUUUCGCUUCUCUUUGUUGUAACAUUAGAGAAAUAGCCGAAUCGAAUGAAAGGAGAACCGAAUUUUUUGGCGAGAGAGCUAUCUCGAAAUAGAAUUAGCAGAUUAAAUAAAUACGUUUCCGAGAAACAACUUGCCACUUUUCCGCAGAUAAGAUUUUUGUUGCACAAACGUCGAAACCUCUCCUCUUCGUCCUAAUUUUAUCUAAUUUGUAGAAUUUUUUUCCAGCAAAUAAGUAAUUAAUUAUUCUUUUUUUAUUUUUAAUUAAUUUAUUUUUAUUUUUCAGUUUCAGAGGUGACUUUCUUCCUCGAAAUACUAUUAAUCUCUUGUCUAUUAUUAUCUUUUGCUUUUUCGCUAUCUCCCUACUUGUUAGCAUCUCACGCUGCAUCCCUAAAUAAAUCCAAAUUCUAGCAACGAGACGUUGGUUCGGAAACAUCAGGCCGUGAAAUACAAGAAAAGAUAAAAGGCUCUCGAACGAACCUCUUUUCCGAUGGCUCGAAUGAAGAUGAAUGGAGGAACCGCGUGAAAAUAUACCGGAAGGGAGGGAGAGUGAAGAGCGGGAGAAGAAAUCAGAUGAGGAGAGAAGGGCGGAAUGAAGGGAAGAAGGAAAAUGUGCCCGAUGCCACUCUGGCCUGGGUGUAGUUUGAAGGCGUGAAAUACAGUUUUAAGGUUGAAUGAUCGGUUCCGAUAUCACGAUAAAAAAAGCAAGAGGGCGGGGAGGGAGGGAUCGGGAAAAUGCGGAGAGACACCGCGAACAUCGACAUAUCCCGUUUAAAUUCCGAAUUCGAUAUUUUUGGGCACACAACUUUUUCGCGCGCGAUAUCGAGCACAUUCGCGCGAAUAACUCUAUACCGUGAAAUUUCAAACAAUCUUCACCCUUCUCAGAAAAAUACUCACGAAUCAUCGACAAGACACGCAGCAAUAUUAAACAUCCUUAUGCAUCGAUUGUCUGUCCACCUGUGUGUAUAAUUCGACGAGUAAAUGAUUAAAUUAACAGACGGACAAGACAGCUCCCUUUCUCCUCCUAUCUAGGGGAGGGGGUGAAUGCAAAUAUGCCGAGCCGCGUAAUGUACAAAGCGAAACGAUUCUAAGAAAAUAAAGACCAGACGCGUGUUAUACUCUAUUAAUAAUUGUAUGUGUAUGUGUAUGUGUGAUAGAACAUUUGUAAAUUUUUCUACCGCUGAUAUGAGUUUUCUCUAUCCCGUAAAAAAAUGUCGGAUAACUCUCGUGAGAUUAUCGAAUGCUCUCAAACAUUUUCAUCGAAAUACUCUCACUCUGGAUGAUGUAUGUGUGUGUGCGCGUGCGCGUGUGUAAAUAUAUACAUAGUUUAACGAGUUCUUUAUCGAAGCGUUAUUCGCGAUUUCGUUUGAUUCGCGACAAUGAGAGAGAGAGAGAGGGAGAGAGAGAGAGAGAGAGAGAGAGAGAGAGAGAGAGAGAGGAAUGGCAUAUGAUACGCGGUGUCCGCGAAUUUCUAGGCAUGUGUGAAGGAAACUUCACUAUAUGUAAGGAUGUUUGCAAAAACUGGUCUUCCACGUGACACACGGCGACGAAAGUCGUGAAACUUCUCACGCGCGAGAACGGAACUAACGAAUCUACACGAAAAGCGUAUCUGGAAUAAUCUAACAUGAACUUUGUGCUCGUUAAAAGUUCUCUCGAAUGACUCAUAGACUCCGUAAUGUGUAUAAAUAAAAAAAAAUAGAGUGAGAAAUCGAUGAGUGAGUAACGAGUGUCGCGUAAUGGAACGUUAUCUCGCCAGAACACGAAAAGCGACCGACAUCGAAUCGGUCGAGCCUGUGUCUAUUUUCGAUGUGUAAAAACGAUGAUGAUCAAAUACACACGAGAUAUGAUUGCUCGUUAGCUAAUAUAUAUCGCUGUAUAUACAUAUUAUCACGAAAGAGUUUAUAACGAUAAGUUGACGAACGUUCAAGUUUUCGAGAUGAUUGUCGAGCGCAUCUCGUUUAAUUAACGUUGCACUUCAUCGAAGAAAUAUCGUCGAAAUUAUUUCCGCAACGGUUGUCGCGCUCGACAACGUCGUUUUACAGAGAUCUUUUAAAUUCUCUCCCCCUAUGUUUUUCGAUGAUGCACACAUACCUUUUACGUCUGUGAGAAUCUGUUUGAAAAAUUCCAGGAUGAAUGACGAAGAGAGAUAUGACAUAUUAAAGCAGACCGAGGAUUAGAAAUAAGACAAAGCACUAUACUGCCCAUUCAUGCUGCCAUUGUAAAACAUCUGGGAACAUCGGGGUUAUUAACACACAUACACACACAUAUGUACACAAGUAUGUGCGAGGAUCUUAUUCAAGCGAGCGUGUGUGCGAGAAAGAUCGCCAAAGUAGGAGCCGCAGAUAACCGUGAGUCGACGUAACCCAACCACAAUCAAGUGCAAAAAAAAAAAAAGAAAAGA